GCUACCAUUACAUCCCACCCUCUUCCGUCCUUGAGUACGCCAACGUAACACACACACAAUAGUUACGUUUCUGGUCAGCUAAUGAUAGAAAUUUGGGUUAAAGUUUAGCUGCUAAUGUUAGCUAUCAUUGAAUGAAUCGCCUAUUGUAACAACAACAUGAAUGUAAUGUCUGAGACUGCUUCUGUGUGUGUGUAUGGGUUCCUGUACGUCAGGGGUCACCAACGUUUUUCCUUGUGAGAGCUACUUUUACAAAAUGAAAAUGGCCAAGAGCUACUCAUUUUUGUAACAUUUAUUUUCAGAGCUUAUUUCAAACCCAAACAAAGCGAAUAUGCUUGUUUUAGUAGAACAUUAACAAAAUGCUGGUGUCCACAACUCACAUUUUGUAUUUCAGAAUGCAUUUCUUUCUACUGUUCUUUCAUUAUUAACUGAAAACCUGAAUGAAAAGCAGCCUUGCGGGCACUUCAUGUGGUCGUGGGGGGCUACGUGGUGCCCGCGGUGACCCCUGAUGUACGUGAAUACCAACAGCCGUGAGUGACAUCCAUGAACGCCAGUUAUUUCUUGACCGAAUGAAAAUUUAUGACAAUUUUAAUGCUGUUUCCCUCGUAAUUGUGAAAAAUAUCAACAUUUUUGGUACAGUCUUUUCUUUUAAACGACUAUUGGUAACAUAUGCUAGCUGGCAGCGGGGUUCUUAGAUUUUUUUUGUUGAAAACAAUGCAAUUUGGAGCCAGAUGCAUACAGUCCCUUUAAAAAAUAUAAUUUAUUAGAAUUUGUACGUUUUUCUAAACGCCAGUACAAGCAGCUGGGAUCCAGUGACAGCAGUGUUGGCAAAUGUUACAGAUGUGUUGCCUGCUUUGGGGCGACAAGAUACUUGACAGCCCAAUGCAGCAGAGAAUCUUCCACUUUGAACUGGCUGAAGUCAAGCAGAUUCUGACCAGACACUGUAUACGUGUAUGAGAACCGGCGGCCAUCACUGUGAACAGCAGGAGUUUUUCUUUUUUCUGCAAGUAUGGUUUGAACCUGAAUGCUGCCAUCAUCCACUCCUGAAGCUGUCAUCGAGUCAAAGAGCCACGACGGAGGGCUCCCACUUCGAUGAGCUUCUUCCUCUUCCUCCAAUGUGACUUUGUUUUGUGUAUUUUGCAAAGGCUCGUGUUCCAGUUUUCUCUUUGACUUUCUACAUUGUCUCUCAACCAUCUCUUGUUGUGUGUCCAAAUUCUCCAUCAAAGUCUGUUUUUCUUGGGAAGCACUGUGAAUGUGUUGUGUUUGUGUGUUAUUGCUGUUGCCGGAUGCGGGUGGCAGUUUUUGGUACGGCGGUAAAGAGCUGUGUUCUCCUUUGCUGUGCUGGGAGGUGUUGACAUCAGGUUGUGCUUUUAUAGGCACGUGGGUGCUGGUUGUGUUCACAGGACACUUUUGUUGCUGGGGAGGAACAAACUGGAUUUGGGUUGCUUCUGGGGACUCAUCACAAGAAGCAGAGGAGCCGCAUGGUGCAGGAAAUAUGUGCCAAGGGUCUUCUAAAGGAUUUAAGAGUGCAUGACGAGAUUUUCCCAAGUCUAAACAUGCCAGAUUCUGCAUCAAAUGAACCCGGUGUGAGGGUGUGCGAUCCACAACACUCCCGGAAUCUUCUGAGAGUUCUUCGUACCUUUUGGCAAGAGCACAGCUUCCAUGAUGCACUACUGGUCGUGGACGGUGAGGAGCUUCCUGUCCAGAAAAAUAUCUUGGCUGCAGCCAGCCCUUAUAUUAGGACCAAGCUGAACUACAAUCCUCCGAAAGAAGAUGGCUCAACAUACAGGAUUGAGCUGCAGGGGGUCUCUAUGGCCAUUAUGAAACAGAUACUGGACUAUAUCUUCAGUGGUGAAAUCACUUUGAAUGAAGGGACCAUUCAGGAUAUGGUGCAGGCAUCUGACCUUCUCCUCAUGACUGACCUCAAGCUGCUGUGCUGCCAGUUCCUGGAAAGCUGUAUCACCGCAGAGAACUGUAUUGGCAUCCGUCUUUUCUCCCUGCACUAUUGCUUGCACCACGUCCACUAUGCUGCCACUGAAUACCUGCACACGCAUUUCCGAGAUGUGGCGCUCACAGAGGAGUUCCGAGAGAUGCCUCAUGACCGACUCUGUGAGGUGCUGGCUGAGGAAAAGCUUAAUGUCGGCAAUGAAAAGCACGUGCUGGAGGCUGUGGUGCGAUGGCUGGCCCACGACCCGGACGCACGCAGGGUGCACAUGAGGGAAGUAAUGUCUGCCGUAUGGCUGCAGGGCCUGGAUGCAAGCUACCUGAGAGAACAGGCCAUGGGGGAGCCGCUGAUGAGGGAAGUGAUCAGAGAGCACUGUCAGCCAGUGCUAGGAGAGAGCCAGCUGCAGGGCGAAGCUCUUCUUGCUGCUUUCAAGCCUCGGGGUUAUUCAGAGUGUAUUGUUAUUGUAGGAGGAGAGGAUCGGAGAACCAGGAAGCCCACAGCUGUGACUCGCUGCAUGUGUCCACUCUAUGACACCAACAGGCAAGGCUGGAUUGAGCUUCAGCCUUUGAACAUCGCUCGUGUGGGACACGGAGUGGUUGCUGCUGAGGGAUUUCUGUUUGUGGUGGGUGGAACAGACGAGAACAAUACAGUCCUGAACACUGGUGAGAAGUACGACCCUGACUGCAACACAUGGAGCCCAAUACCCACAAUGCUACAGGCUCGCCAGAACUUCGGCGUUGUGGAGCUGGAUGGUCUGAUUUACAUUCUGGGAGGAGAAAAUGAAGAAACAGAGCUCACCACUGUUGAAGUGUUUGACCCUCAUGUCAAUACUUGGAAGAUGCAGACCAGUAUGACCAUGAUUCGGAAGGUGGGUUGCUAUGCCUCCAUGAAUAAGAAGAUCUAUGCCAUGGGUGGAGGUUCCUAUGGGAAACUUUUUGACUCUGUUGAAAGCUUUGACCCUAAAACCCAGCAGUGGACGGGCCUCUGCCCUCUCAAGGAGAGAAGGUUUGGAUCAGUGGCCUGUGGUGUUGGUAAGGAGCUCUAUGUGUUUGGUGGCGUGAGAAGUCAAGAGAAUGAUAACCCGGAGCAACGUCACAUGACGACCUGCAAGUCAGAGUUCUACCAUGAUGAAAUGAGGAGGUGGAUGUUCCUGGAUGACCAAAACCUGUGUAUCCAGACGAGCUCAUCAUUCGUCUACGGCGCCGUUCCCAUUGGAGCCAGCAUCUAUGUAGUGGGAGACUUGGACACUGGUGCGAGUUUCGACUACAUUCGUGAGUUCCGCCGUAGCACAGGCACCUGGCAUCGCACCAAGCCAAUGUUAGCCAGCGACCUCUCCAAAACUACCUGUGCUGCCCUGCGAAUCGCCAACUGUCGACUGUUCCGCCUUCAGCUGAGCCAAGGAAUGUUUCGAAUCAGAGUCUGAAUUCAGGAUGGCCAAACCAGCUGCUCCUUCACUUUUGCACACUGGUACUUUCUACCCACAUACGAUUUGUUUUAUUGUAUUUCUGCUUAACGCUUAAGUACAGUAUUUAAGUAGCUACUAUCAGUAUGUGGCUUUUUACUCUUUAUUUUAGGGGGACCGUUUUGACUAUAAUUAUGCAAUGUAACUUGUGGGGCAGGAUGAUCCCGUUGGAUAUUUUUUAAUGGUGAUAUUUUAUUGAUUUCUUUCGGCCUUUUUUUUUGACUUGACUAUUAGGGACUUUGGAAACACUGGACAAAAUACUGGCUGCAGCCAGUAUGAUGCACAUUUUUUGGGAAAUUAUGUAACUUCAUAGGCAUUUUUAUUUUCAUUUGCCUUUUUUUUUUUUUUUUUACUGUUGUACAAUGGAUUAGGAUUAUUUGGAAAGUGACACAGAACACUACAGGAACGGUACAAAGAUGCAUUUACACAGACGUGUCCAAAGUGCGGUCUUAAAAUUUUGAUCAGGAGUAUACGUAGUAUACGUAGAGACCUAUAUUGGAUCGGUUUCAGCAUUUUUUUAAAUAUCAAAGUAGCCCUCCACAUCCUCCAUUUUUCUGUAUGCAGCCCUCUGUGGAAAAGUUUGGACACUCCUAACUUCGUAUUUGGCAAGAGUAAAGUGUUUAAUUCACAACAUUUGUACAUACAUUUUAUAAAUUUAUGACUAACCAUAACUGUAAAAACUUCAAAUGCUUUUCUCAGAACUUUUUUUUAUGUGUUUUUAGCAACUUUUUAGUCAAGUCUUAUAUUAUAUAAUAUAUAUUGGUUGCAGUAGUAUGUAAAAAAUGUUUUUUUUUGCUGAGCCAUAAAGUGCAUAGGGAGGAGAGUCUAACUUGUGAUAAUGUUUGAUUAUUAUUAUUAUUAUUAAAUACUAAUAAUAUUAAUGACAAAAUAAAUGGACAAAUCCGAGGGCAAAUCACAAAAACCAGCAAUUAAAACAAAUGUAAAAGUACAUUUUACGGGCUGUACAUAGCAUCCGCUUCACUGCAAAUGCUUUACUGGAUCAAAUUGUUGACGUAAGAUCUGGCUGGACCCGAUGGGUCAGAAAUACUUUGCUGAAAGUGACUCUUGAGUCUGUUGAAUUUAUAUGUUUCGCUGCCUUGGUGACCUCUGACCCUGCUUUCAGUACAGUUCGGUCACUCGUAGUUUUGGCAUCCAUUGACUGUUUCUUUGUCAUGUCCUCUGAUAUCUUCAAAAUGAAUACACGCCCUGCUUAUGAAAGGCAUUUCUUGAAAAAGGAGAAAAAAUUAAUCUAUAGUAUACACGCUUGGAAUCCUUCAAAGUUUGAAAGUGUAAUAUGCAGUACUGAUAUUUCUAUUUUAAACAUACAUUUGUUUACACAUUUUUUGCAAGCGACAACUAAUGUACAGACAUUGUUUCAAACACGCUUCUUGGGUUAUGAGUCAAAUGUGAACACCAUUGUUUGAAACAGUCAAGCUAAUCAAUUUGUACCAGAUUAUUCAGUUUCAGGUGAAGGUUUGAAGGUGAAUGCUGACACUACACAGAACAUCAUGAGUGAGACUCAUAGUUCCUGCUAACAAAUUAUCCCGAGUUCAGCUAUCACUAUCAUGAAACCUUUUUUAACAGUACAGCAGGGGCGUUCCAACUCAAACUAAACUAAACGAAAACACAGCAUCCCGCUAACAGUUUUUCAUUCUGAAACACAAAGUACCUUAGCUUUUGUUUCCUGCUGCUCAUUUCCCUUCCCUUUCCAGCAUGUAGUCUCUAAUGAUGUAGCAAUUGCAAUAUAUUUAGGAUAGCCUCUUAUGAUGCAGCAUCUUUUGUUCAAGGGGAGUCCCACCAUUCCCACCGUUCUUCUACAGACUCUCUCGUCUCUCUGCUGCCUUUUCGCGUGCUCGCGACUGUGCAGUGUGUGUAACCACUCUCUCCCCCUUCUGCUCAGUGUCGACGCAUACACCACGCAUUUUGAGUAAUCCCAUGAGGUUUGAACUGAAAAACAGAGGAGAAAAAAAGACUGCUGGUUCACAUCAAAGAGUCAGCCCCCGUCAUUCACUUCAAAGAGCUGGCUCUAAGAGGAGGAUAGUUGGCAGACGACCCAUCACUUAUCCUAAUCAUCCGGCAUAAUGUUCUAAUUGUAGUUUAUUAAAAGAACGAGCUGCAACUUGCCCCCGGGCCGAACUUUGGACACCCUUGCUGUACAGGAAAGAAAUAUUGUUGAGUUAGCCGUGUUAUGCUAGCAGCCUGGACAGACUUGCAUGUUGCAAACUCAGUUAAAUGCAUCUCACUUUCCAGUGUGUGUUCAGCUCUUCAUUUGCAAAUAGGUGUGUUAAUUUACUGUUCUGUGGUCUUCAUCGGCAUCACUGGUACCCUUCUGUGGUGGCAUCACAGAAACAAAGGCCAAAAAAAUGCAAAAUACACUUGCAACCAAAGCCUCCCAGACAUUGUUCAUAGAGGUGUACCUUUUUUCUUCACUGUAAAUCUUUCGUUUGAGGGGCCACAAGUACUCAAGAGGGUUUAGGCCAGGUGAGCAAGGAGGUCAUGUCAGUAUUUUUUAAGACAUUUACAAGCUAGCCACGCAGUGGAGUACUUGGACGCAUUAGAUGGAGCAUUGUCCUGCAUAAAAAUCAUGGUUUUCUGGAAAAAUGCGUGCUUUUUCCUGUACCUCUCUGUGGGUUAGGGGUUAUGGUUAGGGUUAGUGGCAGUAGGUUUGGGAGUUGAGUUUGAGUCCAUCUUCAACCUGAAAAAGCCCAACAAGCUCAUCUUUUAAUAACUCCAGCACUUACUUGUACCUCACCUCCACCUUGGUGGUGUCUGAGUUGGAGUGGAGCUCUCUGCCCAUCGCUGAUGCAGCACUGGGCCCAUCCCUCUGGUCCAUCAAGAGUCAUUCUCAUCUCAUCAGUCCAUAAAACGUUUGAAAAGUCUGUCUUUAGAUAUUUCUUGGCAAAGUCAUAGCCUUUCAACUUGUGUGUUUUGUUCAGUGGUGGUCGGGUUUCAGUCUUUCUUACCUUGGCCAUGUGUCUGAGCACUGAACAACAUGUAGCGUACUUCUGGAUACUCCAGGUGGAUUACAGUUCUGGGAAAUGACAGCACUGGAGGAUAAUGGGUUCCUGGGAGAUUCACGUUUGAUUUUUCUCAAAUAUUUGGCUGUUAAUUUGCAUGUUUUUUUCUUGAGAUGUUUCUUGCGACCCUUUUGUGCACUUGCAACAAAACAUUGAAUGGUUCUGUGGUCGCACCCUAAUAUCUUGGCAAUGUCAAGAGUGCUGCAUCCCUAUGAAAGAUGCUUUACAGUUCUUGACUUUUCAGAGUGUUAAAUCUUUUCUGACCCAUUUUGCCAGAGGAAGAGAAGCUGCCUAAUAAUUGUGUACCCCUAAUAAUGGGUGUUGAUCUCCUCCUAAGGCCACACUAAAAACAUCAGCGAAAUAGAAAAUCUGCGAAAGGUGAACCUGGGUAGAGCGAGGAAACACUGUAUAGCCAAGACACUGUGGAAUCUGGAGUCUGCCAACGAAUUUGUUGUGUCUUCAAAAGCUAUGGCACUAGAUCCAGAAGAAAGGCGCCAUCACGGAAAAUCCGAUUUUUGUGAACUACUGAACAAAUAUUGAUAUUAUGUUGAAUCCAACCGCUAAUGGUAUCUUUUCAUGGUCAAGGAAUCUUAAUAUGGAGAUAAAAUUAAUGUUCAAAUAAAAAAUUUGGGGGAAACUACAGUAUGACGCUUGGCAGAGGUCUGCGCUCUGACGACUGCUUUUCUAGUUGAUAAUGAAUUCAUUUGAUUUUUACAAUACGCUGAGGACCAAUAAAAACGAGCUGCAGGCAAAAAAUGGCCCCCGGCAAGUGACAUCAUUUGAAAUGUGGAGACAUCACAUGACACAUUUUUCCACGACUGCAGUGUACACAGGACAACACACCAAAAAAAAAAUGAAGUAGCCAGUCCACAACAUUGUGUGCACUUACAGUAAUGCCGUGAGCUGGUCUCUUAAUGCACUUUAAAGUCAAGGCAACGUUGAUGAUUUCUGCUGUUAAUGAUUCAUUUCCUCUAUUAAUGUUGUAAAUAUAGAUCGACAUGACAUGAGUGUGACUUAUGAAUGGUGAACAGGGGACACUGGAACAAUCCCGCCUGUUUAUGUUAUCCUAGUUUUUCCUCAGUGUUUCAUCAUUUACUGUAACUACAAUAACUUAAGGUUCUCUGUUAUUAGUGCCUAAUGAGUCACUCUCCUGUCAGAGACUACAAGGGAAAAUCAUUGUUUCAUUUAUUUUGAAUUGACGUCUGUCCUUUUGUUCAAUGCAAAGUACAUUUGUGGUAGUAAGCACAAAAAAGUGUCAUGUUUAGUUAUUUUCAAAUAAGGAGAGCAUUUACCAUGAAUGGUCAAUGUAACAUUAUGAGAAGUAUGUUCCACUUGGUCUGUGGUAAAUCCCCCAUCAUUUUCCUUUAAGCAGAAAUGGGCCUGGCUUCUGUUUGGAUUGAAGCAAACAACAUCAAAACCCAAAUAUGAACAACAGGCAGAUUUCAGAAGCUGUCUACUGACUACUUUACAUUGUAUCAAAGUGUUGUUUCUUUAAGUCAGUGGUUUGCAAGUCUGAAGUAAGUCUCAAGUCCUUAAUCUCAAGUCUCGAGUCAGGUCCCAAGUAAAGACGUGCAAGUCCACAUCAAGACCAGUCAAGUCAAGUCCGAAGUCAUGGUCUUGAAAUUUUUGAAUCCUUGCAAGUCAUUAGCACUGUUGAGUGUCUCCCAAAUGAAAUUCCAUUUUAACAAUGUAACAUCCAUCCAUCUUUGAUGCUUAUCCUCAUUAGUGUCGCGGGUAUGCUGGAGCCUAUCCCAGGUGACUUUGGGCGAGAGGCGGGGCACACCCUGGACUGGUCGCCAGCCAAUCACAUGGCACAUAUAGACAAACAACCAUUCACACUCACAUUCAUACCUGUGGACAAUUUAGAGUUGCCCAUUAACCUAACGUGCAUGUUUUUGGAAUGUGGGAGGUAACCAUAGUACCCGUAGAAAACCCACGCACGGGGAGAACAUGCAAACUCCACACAGAGAUGCCCAACGGAGAUUUGAACACAGAUCUUCCCCAUCUCCUGACUGUGUGGCCAACAUGUCAACCACUAAGCCACCAUGCGGCCUUAACAAUGUAACAGUUAUUAAAUUUGACAAAUGCUGUACAAUGAAUGCUUUUUUAAUUUUAUUAUUUUUAAAAUAAAAUAAGUCUUAAUCACAGAAAAAGUGCUAACAUAGCAUUCAGGAUUCAGUUAGUGUACAGAAAGGUAAUCCACGCAUUUGUUGUUUCUUCUUAAACCUGAUUGGAAGUUAGUAGAUGCAUUCAAUGAGACAGAUUCAAAGGCAAAAUAUGUUGUCUUGCUGGAAAUUACACCAUAACAAUCACGUUAGUUGAAAUACUUUGAAUGGGGAUACAUUUAAAUCCGAGUCACGUCCCGAGUCAUUGAUGUCAAUUUGCAAGUCUUUGAUGAUAUUGUCAAGUCGGGUCCAAAGUCAUCAAACAAACUUGUCUCGAUGCCAAUUUGCGCGACUCGGGUCCACACCUCUGGUGUUGCCCUAUGACAACAUAUCAUAAAAAUAUUUGCAGACAUACACAGAAAGUGUGAAUGGUUGUUUGUCUAUAUGUGACCUGCGAUUGGCUGGCGACCAGUCCAGGGUGUAGCCUGCCUCUUGCUGAAAGGCAGCUGGGAUAGGCUCCAGCAUACCCCCGUGAUCCUAAUGAGGAUAAGCGGCGCAGAAAAGAGAUAGUUGGACACACGUGAAACAUUUUGCCUUUGUACAUUUUAUACACAUUUAUUUUAUAAUUGAAACACUACGCUGUUAGGUACACAAAAUCAACAACGGGAUUACCAAAGCGUGACGCAGGUAAUUCAGUUAAAGUAAGCAGCUCAUGACAAGUUCCAGAAUGACAGACCCUAUUGUAACAUAAUUCUUGUGACUGAUGAUGAAUGUGGGAGGGGAGUGCCUUUCUGAGAAAGUGAUGAUGGAGGAUGUACUGUCUUCUUGUGCAUAUCAAACUGAUUUUAUUGCCAUAUUGAAAUGUACCCCCUUAUCUUCCUUUUCACAUGUAACAGCUUUUAGUGUAUUAGUCAUAAUGUUAUGGUUCUCGUGGUGUAAGCAGAGCUUUUGAAACAGCAGAAGGCAAUUUCUGUAAUUUGAACAUUUCUGUCGAUUAAAUGUGGCUGCUGAAGUUGAAAUGUAUGGACAACGUGGAAUUAUGAAAAGUGGGAAUUGAGUUUUAGUUCUGAAGCUGAAAUUGUUCGAAUGGGUUGAGAAAUGCAUGUGCAAAAAUGACAUUCAUUUCAAUGGGAAUGUUUGGGCUGGAAAAUGUGGAAUUCUGGUUGAAAAUGGGAAUUUUUGGAAUGUCGGAAAUAGAGAGCCUGGAUGUGAUUAAUGUUUGUGUGUGAUUGUGUACUGUUGCACCCAAUGUGACUGUGUCCUAUAUUGACAUUAACAGCCAGCUAAACUCCCUUUUGCGUCACUUUCUCCAUGGGACAGGCAUGUGUCGUAUUGGACCAGAAUUUGCCAUAAAGUGUGAAGCUGAAAGUACAAAUAAUAGAAAGCCAUUCACUGAAACUAGAUUCAUAUUUCAAAUUUCAGUGCUUAAAAAUGCAUCAAACGUCACAAAAUGGAGAAUAAACACAAUGCUUGCUUAUCCAGCUGUUGACGUAUAGCAAAGAUGAAUUUCCAUCCAUCCAUCCAUUUUCUCUUGCCUAUCCGGGUUGCGGGGGCAGCAGUCUCAGCAGGAAAGCCCAGACUUCCCGGUCUCUGGUCACCUCUUCCAGUUCCACCGGGAGGACACCGAGGCGUUCCCAGGUCACCUGUGAGACAUAAUCCCUCCAGCGUGUCCUAGGUCCGCCCGAGGGCCUCCUUCCAACGGGGAAUGCCGAGAACCAGGGAGGCGUCCAGACCAGAUGCCCGAGCCACCACAACUGGCUCCUCUCGAUGUGAAGGAGCAGCGGUUCUACUCUGAGCCCCACCCGGAUGACCGAGCCCCUCACCCUAUUUCUUAGGGUGAGUACAGCCAUCCUACGGAAGAAACUCUUCCAGUCACGACCCAAAGCUAAUGACCAUAGGUGAGGGAGAGCUUUGCCUUCCGCCUCAACUCUCACUUCACCACAAAGGUCUGGUACAGCGACCGCAUUACUGCUGAUGCUGCGCCGAUUGAUCGCCUGUCAAUCUCAUGCUCCAACCUUCCACCACUUGUGAACAAGAUCUCGAGAUACUUGACCUCCUCCACCUUGGGCAAAACCUCACUCCCAAUAGCAAAUCACCCUUUUCCGACUGAGAAUCAUAGCCUUGGAUUUGGAGGCGCUGAGUCUCAUCCCAGAAGUUUCACACUCUGUUGCAAACUGCUCCAGUACACGCUGAAGGUCACAGCCUGAUGAGGCCGUCAGGACCACAUUGUCUGUGAAUAGCUGAGACGAGAUCCGUGGGCCAACAGAUUGGACCCCUUCGACGCUUUGGCCACUCUGAUGAACAGAACAGAAUCGUGAUAAAGAGUGCAGGCCAAUGUUCACCAGAACAGGCUGAACGUACUGCUGGCAGAGCGAACCAGGCCCCAGCCUCUUGUACAAGGGCACGUAGUAGUGUGCCACCAAUCCCGUACCCCAGGAGCACCGCCCAGAGGACACUGCAAGGGACACGGUCAAAUUCCUUUCCACAAAGCACAUGUACAGUAGACCUGCUGGGCAAACUCCCAUGUACCCUCCAGUACCUUUUGUAAGGGUGUAGAGCUGGUCCAGUGUUCUGUGACCAGAAGGAAAACCACAUGGCACCUCCUGUAGCCGAGGUUCAACUAACGAUCGUACCCUUCUUUCUAGCAGUUGGGAAUAGACUUUCCCAGGGAGGGUGAGCAGUGUGAUCCACCUAGAGUUCGAACACACCCUCCAGUCACCUUUCUUUAAAAGUGGGACCACCAUCCUAGUCUGCAAAUCCAGAGGUACUGUUCCUGACUUGCACAGAAUGUUGAAUAAAUGUGUCAGCCAAGACAGUCCCUCAACAUCCAGAGCCUUGAGGAUUUCAGGGUGAAACUCAUCCACCCAUGGAGCUUUGCCACUGAGGAUUUUUUUUUUUUGUCCUGUCCAGCCAUUGGGGCAGAUAGUAUUGUUGAUCUAGAUGCCCUUAUAUGCUAAACAGAUGUUCUCUGCCAGGGAAAAGUGUAAGAUAUUCUUCUCCUGUUCCAUGAAUUUUAUUUGACUUUAUUUGAUGUUUAUUGCUAUGUAAAUGUGGAGCGGCCGGACCGGAGCAGGAGGGGAUAGAGAAGAAGAGAAAAGAAGACAGGGCGUGGAGAAGACCCCACGACCCCAAGAAUAAAUAAAUGAAAAUAAAUACAUAAGUUUUAAAAAUUACAUAAACAAAAGCACCCACACAAACUAACACCGUGGUCGCUCCCUCGACACUCCACAGAGGGCACCCAAGGCGCAGAGUGGCAGGUGACCCUGUGUUCCCAGAUCCCAAGCCGCAGAGAAUGCAGACCGCUAGAGAGCAUGAAAACAUGAGGCCAGUCCCCUCCCCAACCACAACGGCCAGAUGACCAGCAAAUGAGCAAGUGGGCAGACGAGCAGCAAGGCAACCCCUCACAACUUGCCAGCCGGGCAGCAAAUCCGCCGCGCCAGCAAGCCGCAGGGAGGCCGAGCACCAGAACCGAGAAGUGAGACCAGCAGCCGACCAGCCGCCUGGCCCCACCAGCAACCGGGAGUUAGAAUGCCCCCCUGCCCCCAGAACCAACCGCACACCGCCCAUCUACCGGAGCGACAUCCCUGACAAGCCCGCAGCCAGAUUGAGGAAAGGCAAAGAUUCGGUAAACACCCCUGCGAAGCACACAGACAGACGGCAACAAAUACCCAAGCACCGCAUCCCCGCCAGACCCGGCCUUCAUUUCAACAACACUGUGCUCAACCACGCUUGGUUUCGAGGGCUGUACACCCCUUAGCAAUUACCCCUUGAUUUAAGGAGAAUUGGGACACCACUUGAUUCUCAUGAACAUGCAAAACCCAGGGGUAAAGGGUAGGACCAAGAGUAAGGGGUACAAUUGGGAUUCAGCCUUAGUUGAGCUGGUACUGUCUCGCUGUGUUGGAGCAUUGCAUGUUUUUGCAUAUUUCUGUUGCAUGUUUCCUUUUUCUGCUCUGCAACCAUCAGAAUUAUUAAAGAUUUUUACCUUCA